CUGUUGCCCGGCGCCUGCAUCCACAGAGCCAGACGGAGGGUAACCACAGUCAGCCGUCCAACUUCAGCAGCAGAGACCGCAGGAACAGAAACGGGAGUGAGAAGGCGCUUUGGUUUCCCUGGAGAGUUACAACCGCAGUGACAAGAUGACUCUGGCAGCCUAUAAAGAGAAGGUCAAAGAGCUCCCCCUGGUGUCUCUGUUCUGCUCCUGCCUGAACCCACAGACUGCAGAUAACACCACAUAUAAAGCAGAAGAUGCAGUGGACCUGGGCUGGUGCGUCAUGAAAGAUGUGGAGGUGAUCGAGCUGAACAAGCGGACAUCCGGCCAGGCCUUUGAGGUCAUCCUCAAGCCUCCAUCCUUUGAUGGCCUGCCAGAACUCAACACCUCCAUGCCGCACCGCCGCGACCCAUCCCUGGAGGAGAUCCAGAAGAAGCUGGAGGCUGCUGAGGAGAGACGAAAGUGCCAGGAGGCUGAGCUGCUGAAGCACUUGGCAGAGAAGAGGGAACAUGAGCGUGAGGUCAUCCAGAAGGCCUUCGAGGAGAACAACAACUUCAUCAAGAACGCAAAGGAGAAGCUGGAGCAGAAGAUGGAGGCGAACAAGGAGAACAGGGAGGCCCUUCUGGCGGCCAUGCUGGAGAGGCUGCAGGAGAAGGAUAAACAUGCAGAGGAAGUGAGGAAGAACAAGGAGAUGAAGGAGGAGGCGUGCCGAUAGAUGCAACGGAGCCAGAAGAAGGGACAAAAAUAAAGGGAAUCCGACAAACAGACAUAAAAAAGGACAUAACAGCGACUUGAAUGAGCUUCAGAGAAAAGCUUUUACAUUGGAUGUGUGCUGUCAGACCUCCUGUGCUGUACAAAGUUUAACGAUGCUUGAUGUAUAAGGGGAACUGGUUUAGGGGAACUGGUGGGGUGGGCGGCUACAUCAACACAAACAAGUAUUCAACAUCCAUGAUUUCUUCUUUAUUGCAGAAUGAAAACACAAUCACUUCUUUCUUCUUUAUUGUUUCUAUCAGAAAGCAGAAAAUUAAAAUUGCCUGAGUUAAAUUUUUACCAGCGAGUGAAUUUUCCCUCAUCACCGACUGUUAGCUUGGCAGCAACACAGAGAGAAAGACGCAGAAAGUUUUUUAAUAAGUCUACAACUCUGGAUCAAACGCAAUGAUUUGAACUUGUAUUUUGGUUAAAAUGAGUUUUACAGGUUUUACAAGCUGGAACCAAGAGCUGGGCCACAACUUGUUAAGACUCACCAAUUCAAAGCUUUCAAAUAAAAGUUUUCUCUUUAUCCAACUUAUAAGAACUAAGCAGUAAAGCUAAAACCUCUUCUGCAUUCUUCCAUCUUUGCUAUAGUAUUAGACGUUACUUUGAGUCUUUUUGAUUGGAGCACUAAUUGCACUCUUCUGUCAUGAAGCACAACUCAAAAGCACAUAUGCAUUCCAGAGUUAUCAUAAAGAGUAAAAUGAAAAAUAAACAGCAAUCAUCCUCACUUGGUGAUUUAGUUACAACUUCAUGGGUUUAAUGGUUAAUCUGCAGGCUCUGCUCAGCCUGUGUCGCUCUGCUCUCAAUGUUUCUUUAUUAUUUUGAAGGGAACUGGAACUGAAAAAUAAUCUGCCCAAACGUUCCAGUCAUACUGACUACAUCCUGGCUUGACUUAAAACAUCUUAAUGUUUAUACUCUAACUGGGGAGGAAACAGGGAGUUUGGACUUGCUGUAACUGUGUGUUGCUGUGUAUCAAAGGGUGGACUGGUUGUAUUCAUUUGGCAUGAUUAGUAAAGACAAAUAGCUUAAUUCAA